UGUUUGCUUUCUAGUAUAUAUCUCUCUCUUCUCCCUGUCAAAUCUUUCUCCCUUCAAAUCCGUUUUCGUCUUGAGGAGAGAGAAAGUGCGAAGAAAAGACUCACGAAACGAGACCGCUCGUCGUCGUCGUGCUGCUCUUCGUCUCCAAAUCUUUUUCCGAUCUGGUCUCUCUUUCUCUCAGUCAAUUGAAGAGAAAGAUGGUCGGUUGAUUGGUCUCGGAGGACUGAAUUUUUUAAAUGGAAGCCCUAUUUUGGUUGUUUCUGGUUUGGUAGGGAUUGUUGUCCAAGUUUGUGUUUACUCGAAUUGGAUCGAUCUGUGAGAGUUUCGAUCUUUCUGGCUGUGUCGGUUGAUCUCGGAGGACGCAGAGAUGUCUUCUCUUAGCAGAGAGCUUGUGUUUCUGAUACUUCAGUUCCUCGAAGAGGAGAAAUGCAAGGAAACCGUUCACAAGUAUGGGAAUAUAUUGGAGCAGGAGUCGGGGUUUUUCUUCAAUAUGAAGUAUUUUGAGGACGCCGUAACAAACGGGGAUUGGGACGAGGUUGAGAAGUACCUCUCUGGAUUCACCAAGGUAGAUGACAACAGAUACUCAAUGAAGAUCUUUUUCGAGAUCCGAAAGCAGAAAUACCUCGAAGCCCUAGACAAAAAUGAUCGUUCUAAAGCUGUCGAAAUUCUUGUGAAGGACUUGAAAGUGUUCUCUGCUUUUAAUGAGGAUCUAUUCAAGGAAAUAACGCAGCUUCUGACUCUGGAGAACUUCAGGGAGAACGAGCAGCUAUCCAAGUAUGGAGACACCAAAUCUGCCAGAGCUAUAAUGCUUGCGGAGCUCAAAAAGUUGAUUGAAGCAAAUCCCCUCUUUCGCGAUAAGCUUCAGUUCCCUACUUUGAAGAGUUCAAGACUAAGGACACUAAUCAAUCAGAGUUUAAAUUGGCAACACCAGCUUUGUAAGAAUCCAAGGCCCAAUCCUGACAUAAAAACUCUAUUUGUGGACCAUACUUGUGGACAGCCCAAUGGUGCUCGAGCUCCAUCCCCUGUCACUAAUCCGCUUAUGGGGGCCAUUCCCAAAGCAGGGGGUUUUCCAGCAUUGGCUACUCAUGGUCCAUUUCAGCCAGCUCCAGCAUCCCUUCAAUCAUCUCUUGCAGGGUGGGUGGCAAAUCCAUCCCAGGUGCCUCAUCCUACAGUUUCUGCUGGACCCAUGAGCUUAACUGCUCCUAAUAAUGCAGCAGCUAUUUUAAAGCGUCCUAGGACUCCUAGUACCAACAGCCCAGCUGUAGAUUAUCAGACAGCAGAUUCUGAACAUGUUCUGAAGAGAUCAAAACCUCUGGGAGUAUCCGAUGAGGUGAAUAACCUUUCAGUUAAUAUCAUGCCAGUCACAUAUGCUAACCAAAGUCAUAUUCAGAGCUUAUACUCCUCUGAUGACUUGCCUAAGACUGUUGUUAUGACUCUACAUCAAGGCCAUGCUGUCAGAAGCAUGGAUUUCCAUCCAGUGCAGCAAACCUUACUUCUUGUUGGAACAUUUAUUGGCGAUGUCCUGGUGUGGGAGGUGGCUAGCAAGGAGAGGCUUGCUAUGAGAACUUUCAAGGUUUGGGACCCUUCUGCAUGUUCAAUGACUCUACAGGCGGCUCUAGCAAAGGAAACCCAAUUAUCUGUGAAUCGUGUUAUGUGGAGUCCCGAUGGAAAUAUCUGUGGUGUUGCAUACUCAAAGCACAUUGUCCAUGUGUAUUCUUACCAUGGAGGUGAUGAUCUACGACACCACUUAGAGAUUGAUGCUCAUAAUGGUGGUGUAAACGACAUAGCUUUCUCUCACCCAAACAAACAAUUGUGUAUAAUAACUUGUGGAGAUGACAAGUCUAUCAAGGUAUGGGAUGCAGUAACUGGUGCCAGGCAGUAUACUUUUGAAGGUCAUGAAGCACCUGUUUAUUCUGUAUGCCCACAUUAUAAGGAAAAUAUACAGUUUAUCUUCUCAACAGCACUAGAUGGGAAGAUUAAGGCAUGGUUGUAUGAUAACAUGGGGUCAAGAGUUGACUAUGAUGCACCGGGUCAUUAUUGUACAAGGAUGGCCUAUAGUGCAGAUGGGACACGGUUGUUCUCGUGUGGAACAAGUAAGGAUGGGGAGGCAUACAUUGUGGAAUGGAAUGAGAGUGAAGGAGCAGUUAAGCGAAGUUAUCAUGGUUGUGGGAAGCGAUCUGUGGGUGUUGUGCAGUUUGAUACCACUAAAAAUCGGUUCUUGGUAGCUGGUGAUGAGUCUGUUAUCAAAUUUUGGGACAUGGACAAUGUUAACCUCUUGAUGACUACUGAUGCAGAGGGUGGAUUACCGCCAUCUCCUUUUAUUCGGUUCAACAAGGAAGGGAUACUAUUGGCUGUUUCAACAAACGACAAUGGGAUCAAAAUUCUUGCAAAUGCAGAUGGGCUUCGAUUGCUACAUACUAUAGAGUCUCGUUUUGAUGCAUCUAAAGUUGCUUCUGGGUCUGUCAUGAAGGGACCCACGGUUAGUCCAUUUGUUGCUGUCCCUGUUACAACUGGAACGAGUGUGGGGGUUGCAGAUCGAGGUGCUCCAGUGACAGCAAUGGUUGGACUGAAUGGCGACACCAGAAAUUUGGCAGAUGUAAAGCCAAGGAUUGUGGAUGAGUCAGUAGAGAAAUCCAAAAUUUGGAAGCUGACUGAAAUUAAUGAACCAUCUCAAUGUCGCUCUCUGAGGCUCCCUGAUAAUUUGCCAGCAGCAAAGGUUUCCAGAUUGAUUUAUGCUAAUUCAGGAAUUGCUAUAUUGGCAUUAGCAUCUAAUGCUGUGCACAAGCUUUGGAAAUGGCAACGAAAUGACCGAAACAUAACGGUGAAGGCAACUGCUAGUAUACCACCACAACUAUGGCAACCUUCAAGUGGAAUACUAAUGACAAAUGAGAUAAGCGAUACAAACCCUGAAGAUGCUGUUCCAUGUUUUGCACUGUCAAAGAAUGAUUCUUAUGUUAUGUCAGCAUCGGGUGGGAAAAUAUCUUUGUUCAAUAUGAUGACAUUCAAGACAAUGACAACGUUCAUGCCUCCACCACCGGCAGCUACAUUUCUUGCCUUUCAUCCACAGGACAAUAACAUCAUUGCAAUAGGCAUGGAAGAUUCCUCAAUUCAAAUCUACAAUGUCCGAGUUGAUGAGGUUAAAAGCAAGCUGAAAGGGCAUCAGAAGAGAAUAACAGGGCUUGCUUUCUCUAAUGUUCUAAAUGUACUUGUAUCUUCAGGAGCAGAUGCUCAGCUCUGCAUUUGGAGCACAGAUAAAUGGGAGAAGCAGGGUAGUAAGUUCUUGCAAAUUGCAGCAGGAAAAGUGACAUCUCCCCUUGUGGAGACACGUGUCCAAUUUCACCAAGAUCAGAUUCACUUGCUGGCUGUUCAUGAAACACAGAUAGCAAUGUAUGAUAUUUCUAAACUAGAGUGCCUAAAGCAGUGGGUUGCCCGAGAACCAAAUGGUCAAAUUACACAUGCUACAUAUUCAAGUGAUAGCCAAUCUAUUUAUACAAGCUUUGAAGAUGGAAGUGUGGGUGUUUUCACUGCUACAACACUCAGAUUGAGGUGCCGGAUCAAUCCCACCGCCUAUCUGCCUUCAAAUCCAAGUGUGAGGGUGUACCCACUUGUUAUCGCUGCCCAUCCAUCUGAACCCAAUCAGUUUGCAGUGGGACUGACCGACGGUGGGGUGUAUGUACUAGAGCCACUAGAAUCUGAAGGGAAAUGGGGUACUUCGCCACCUCCAGAGAAUGGUUCAGGGCCCAGCAUCACCUCUGGUAUAGCUGGUUCAGAUCAACCAUCCAGGUGACAAUGAAAGUUGAUCUCAUCGACUAAUGACUGUUUGCAUCUCAUCCACGUGGGACCCCAAUUUAUUUUACGGGGAAGCUGCGCAAGUCAGAGACAUUCGUAGCAUACAACAUACAAGAUACGUUAUGCCCAGGCAGCAGGAAGCUAAGGCAACAUCCUCUUUGCUCUCUGGCUAGGUUUGGGUAGUCUCUGCAUAUGUUGUGAUCAAGUGGGAAGGUGCUAUGGUUGGUGGAUCAUGUAAAAAUGUACGAGCAAAUUGACUUCUCAUUUUUUUUUUCUUCUUUGGGUGGUUGAGGGGAUGUCGAAGUUUCAUGCGAAGUACAAAUCAAGGGGUUGGACUGGAAGUAGAAGUUCUUCUGAUGUACUGAUUAUUGGUAUUGCUAUUCUUUCUAAAUUCAAGCAUAUACACCACUUCUUAUAUCC